AUUAACUCUCUGAAACUGUUUGUUUUAUCACUUCCUGUCAGCCGUUAUCCAACAACAGGUUCCAAACAUGACCUCCGUUACGAAGCCGAAAUGCCUUGGCUGGGAGCCAACAACAGUAACCUGCCCGAGGUGCCAACAACGUAUCGUGACAAGAACGAAUCGGGAGACUGGUAUAUUUACAGUACUAUGCUGCAUUACUCUCGCUGCUACAGGGUGAGUUAG